UCGUUUCAAAUUUUGACAACUGCAUGAAAUAAUAUAUGUAGUUACCUAUAAAUGCUUAUAAAUAAUUAAUAAACCCAAUCAGGACAUUUUUCAACGGAAUCAAAAUUUAUUAUGCUAUUACGUAAAUUUUAAAACAAAUUCAGCAAGUUCAAAUAUGGAUGGAGAGCCAGAAGCAUUAUCAGAUACAGCUACAAAUUGUAAUUUGGCAUCAGCUUCGGAAACUUUAUCUGAUAAUAAUAACUAUCAAGCAAAACUAGACUCCUUAGAGAAAAAAGCUGUGCAUUUAAGACUAACGCUAGAAAAAGAUUUUAAGGCGGCUGAUUUAAAAUGGAGUUUGUUUGUAGCGGCAGCUUUUAGCUUCAGAUACGAAAGCUGCCUCAGACCCUUUCCCCCCAUUUUUAUGAAAAAUGGAAUUAAAGACAUGGACGAAUUGCUGAGUUUGAUCACUGACGUGCCAGCUUUAGAUUUGGUUUUACAACAAUUGGACAGUCUUGAAAAUUUGAGCGAUAUAACCGACAUCCUUGAUUUAUUAUUCUACGUUCUUGUAAGACUAAAAGAACCUAGCUUAAAAACUAUGCCGCAAGAAGCUCAUGAAGCCAUUUUAACAAGUACACAAUCAUUGCUGCCAGUUUCUAAACCACAGUACAUCUUUCAAGUUGUCAGUACGUGCAAAUCUAGUGCGGAAUUGAAAUGGAAAGAGUUAUCGAAAAACCGUAGGGUGUUUUAUGCUUACCACGGAAAUCGCCUCGAAAAUUUUUACAGUAUUUUAUACUUUGGGUUGCAACAUCACUUACAUAAGACAAACGUAACGGGUAGCGGUGUAAAUCUUUCCUCGGAACUAAGUGCAAGUUUGCCGUAUAGUCAUGGAGGGUUUGGCUGGGGAGCUAGUUGCAUUGGAGGUCACCUGUCUUGUGUGGCGAUGUGUGAAGUUAUCGACGUUCCUGAGGGAAUCAAUUACCAAGUAAACCAAGUCACAAAUGAAGGGGAUGGUGUGUACAAAGAAGUUAAGACGUCAGCUGCUGAAGCAGAGGCUCGCACUAAUUCCAGUUUUGUUGUCACAAAUUGCGAUUUAAUUCGAGUUCGAUAUUUACUGGUUUAUGCCAAACAACCAACGUCGAUGAGAUUUCCGACCACGAGUUCGAAUAGAGAAGCUGGUGGUCUACGACAUUGGCUCGCUCAACACAAGCUAUUUUCGAUUCUUCUUGGUUAUGGAUUAAUGCUGGCGACCAUAGGUUUUGCAAAUAAUCAACCUAUGCAUUAUUAUUACAAAAUUCUUUUGAAGAAAAUAGACAUGGCAAUAAGUAAUGGUAAAUCCCCGGAAAGGCACUCGGGUUGGAGAAGAACUUUAUUCGCUCAUCGCAUGCCUCCACGUUGUCGUCAAUCUGCUAAUGAAAGCGAGCAUUACAAGGAAGACUGUCUCUACCUUAAUAUAUGGACGCCACGGCGAGUAGAUGGCAAAUUACAACCAGUAUUGAUUAUAUUGUACAGUAAUUCAUGGACUCAAAAUGGAAUAACAUUGCCAUGCCAAGAAUUGGCCGCAGAGGGCAUCGUCGUAGUGACGGUAGCAUAUAGACUUCAUAUUCUGGCCUUCUUUACGCUAAAAUCUAUUAAGGCACGAGGAAAUCUAGCCUUAUUGGACCAGUACAUGGCUUUACUUUGGGUACGAGAAAAUAUUGUUGCAUUUGGUGGUGAUCCUAAUACAAUCACUUUAUUAGGACAUUCUGCUGGUGCAGAUAGUGUUCUUUAUCAUAUUGUUUCGCCUCGAACGGUCGGAAUGUUUCAACGUGCUAUAAUUAUGUCACCGAACAAUAUCUGGAAAGCGGUAGGGAAGGAAGGCGAGAAUAGUUAUUCAACUGAAAAUAUGUCUCAAAGAUUGAUCAAAUCUUUAAAUUGCUUACGUGACACAGAAAAUGAAAUACUUCAAUGCUUGAGAACUCGGUCUGUAUCGGACAUAUUCAAUUCAAUUCCGAACAACUGGACAAAUGUAAUUCAACCCAUUGCGGAUAAUUUCUUACCCGAUAAGGAGCAAUAUUUACCAUCUUCUUUAUCCACUGCCUUAGGGACAUCAAAAUUACCAAACAUCCAACUGGAUGUCCUCCUUGGAACAACUGACCUGGAAGCCAUAACAUACGAUUAUAAUUAUGAAGACUUGGCACGUCGAGGUCCAGACUCACUUUACGAGCACGCGAGUGUGACAAUCAUUCAGGAAAUCCUGCGCCUGUUGUCCAUAGACCGACCAGAAACAUUGCCACUCCUUGCACAGGCAAUACGUUGGGAAUUCCUAGGUCCGAAAACGCGUACGAAAAGUGAGGGUGAAAUUAUGAAAUUAAUAGAAACCGUUGCAAGAAUGGAGAGCUCAGCUAAAUGGGGUGCCGGUUGUGCUGUUCUAGCAGCUAAACUUGCUCGGCGAAUUUCUCAUCUCUUUGUCUAUCGCUACUCGCGCGCAACUGAUAUAGACCUAAGUGGCCGAAAGCUUAAUUUUACAGGUGCAACUCACGGUGCCGAAUUAUUAGCGCUGCUAGGAAACGCUUUGAUGCUCCAAGUUGCCCGGCGACCUUCAUCUCAGAAUGAGAAACAGUUAUCUAUACAGUUUAGGAAGUACAUUAUUAAUUUUGUUAAAUUUGGGUCACCAGAUAAUUUAAACGAAUGGCCGCGAUAUAUGGUGGGGGAAUCUUAUAUUCAUGAAAUAUGCAAAAAAGAAGACUCCAAUUGCAAUAAGUAUAAAACCAGCAAAGAAAUCGCUUUUUGGCUUCAAUAUUUACCCCGGUUAUUUUCUACACUUACGUCGAAUGAGCAAAUAGAAAAAGAUGAAAAACGACUGCAUGGUGGAGUAUUAGCAAUGUGUGGCGUUUCCAUCUCGCUAUUGCUUUUAUUGUGCGCUAGUGUAGUCAUUUUAAAUAGAUGGCGUUCUCGAAGACCUUUGGAUAUUGAUGAACAUGAAACUAAUUAAAAUUUUAUUGGAUUGUAAAUAUUUAAAUACUUAUUGCAAUUAAGAAUUAAAAUAAUAGACUUUGA